CUGUUGUCUUGUGAAGUUCGUUGGAAGAUAGUUCAGCUGGUGUUGACGUGAGGUAUGUUGGAGUGAUGUGUCUGCGCACCGGAGAUUAAAAGAUGUGAAAAAAAUCCAAUAUGUUAUGGAACUGCGGGAGCUAGCAUUGAUUUUGCACGUGUCACCGGUGUGGUCGCAUUGAACAAAACAUUGGUGGCAAGAAUUUGACUGUAAUACUUUGUGGAAGCUUCAUACCUAACAAUACGAAUUUUAGUACCCUCACCUACUAUUCGUGAGACGUUGGAUGUCAAGCAUCCUCUGGUAAGUCCCGUGCGAUGCGUGAAAGAGUGAAAUUUCUUGAAUUAUGUGGUAGCAUCUUUAAAAGUUAGCUGCUGGAAGUGAACACCACAGUGCAAGAAUGGCGUUGAUUGGAUCAAAGAAGACGCAGAACCAGAUGCUCGACAUCUUGGUAAAGGCAACACAUUUCAAUCGAAAUGAGAUCGAGGCCCUGCUGCUGAUGUUUAAGAAGACCUUGCGGCCGAAAACAGACAGGCUGGAUCGGAGCAAGUUUCGCGACGUCCUGCAUAACACGUUCGACAUGACCGACGACAUGCUGAUGGACCGGGUGUUCCGCGUCUUCGACAAGGACAACGACGGUUUUAUCAGCGCCGAGGAGUGGGUGACCGGCCUGUCGGUGUUCUUGCGCGGCACGCUGCAGCAGCGUAUCGACUACUGCUUCGCUGUGUACGACUUCAACGGCGACCGGUCUCUGGCGCGUGACGAGGUCUACCACUUGCUCAAGAACAGCGUCAUGAAGAAUCCGCAGGAGGAGGACCCCGAGGAGGGCGUGCGCGACCUCAUCGACCUGGUGAUGAAGAAGCUGGACGUCAAUCACGACGGCUUCGUCUCGUUCGAGGACUACGAGGCGACGGUGAAGAUGGAGCCGCUGCUGCUGGAGGUGUUCGGGCCAUGUCUGCCGCAGCAGGAGUCGCUCGAGACGUUCCUCACCACGUUCGUCGAGCCCAAGAGGACCCCUGGUUACGAGGGGUAGCUGGAUGCAGCGCGAGCUAGGGGGAGGGGGCUGGUGGACAGGUGUUAGUUUGCUGUCGUCACCUCGUGGCAGGAGUUUACCACGUCCCACGUUGAGAUGCAUCUGGUGCGGUGCUUCGCGUCAGGAGUGCUAUGGCAGAGGCGACCAACGCCCAGCAUGUUCCGUCCCAGCAGGGACUUGCUGUCCAGUCUGUUAAUUACAUGUGUUUGCCUGCUGGCACGGUCCGCACCGUCUUAAAUUGGAAUGCGGUCUCACCUGCUUCGCUUGCGGGGAAAUCUGCGAUAAAAUAAACUCAUCGGACAGCU